UUGGCAAAAAAUAAACAUUUUAGUGUUUUACUGAGUUCGAUACUUGACCACGCUCUAAUAGAAAAAAAUUGAAUCAGCUGAGCUGACACUUUGGGCUUUCUUCUUUUGUAUCUUAUUCCAUCGUUCGUCUUCAUCAUUUUUAGUUGUUCAGUUCUCUCUCUUCUCUGGCUACCAUAAUUUUAGUGGAAUUUAGUGCGUUGCAAUUUUUUUUUCAAGCACGGAUUCUUGCAAAAAUAUUCUUGCAACAAUUAAAACGAAAAUACUAAACGGUUCGCAACCUAGUGGAUGUGCGUCAAAGGAAUUCACAAAAUAAAGUUUGACAGAUAUAUUAGAUGGCCAGAGAAUAGAAAGCGAAAACGUGGUAAUAUUAAUCGAAGAAAAUAUCUAAGGAAAAAAAAAAACCAAAAAAGUUUUGUGUGUGAUACAAGCAAGAACCACCGAUUCAAGCAAUGUUAGUGAACAAGAAUAAAUAAUAUCAAAAGGAAAAGAGCCAAACGACCGACCGCCGUCGUCGUUGUCCGUAUGAGCCAAAUUAUUUCUUGAAAUCCUAGAAAAAAAAUACCUUAGUGAAACUUGUUCUUCAUUACAUUACAACAACAAUAAACACGUUUACGUUGCCCGUCACCUUCGUCAAGAAAAACAACAACGACAGCAGCAACGACGACGACGUAGCAGCAAACGGCAAACAUUUUGGUUGAUAUCGUCACGACCAACAACAACAAAACAUUUUUUUUUUUUAGGAAAAACAAAUUGAAAAUAAGCAAAAUUUAAAACUUAAUUCUUUAUACGACGCCUAGAAAAUGGAUGAGGAUGAAAAUAAUCCAGGCAAUGGUAAUAGGAAUCGAGAACAUGUGGCUGGUACCUCCACCUCUUCUACCUCUGCCUCCAUCUCCUCAGCAUCUGCCUCAUUGUCCUCAGCAAGCAAUACCAGCAAUCAGCCUAGACCAGUUUCGCCUGCUGUCGAAGCCACUUCGGAUUUGGAUUUCGAUGAUGAUGACGAUUUGCUAGACACAAUUGAGGUGACCGUUACUACUGACGGCGCUCCAAUGCCUCGCGAUGAUACGGAUGACAUGGAGCUCAUAAAUUUAUCCUCCCCCGCCUCGGUAGUGAAUAGUCUGGUAACUUCAUUGGCGGCGGUGGCUAAUGCUUCGGCCCAGUUAGCCGCCAACACCAACAGGCCACCCCAACGAUCCCCCGAAGCCCAUGAACGUGUGAUAAAUGUGGGUGGAAAUCUGAUUACAUGGAAUUUCGAAAAUAAUCUUAAUGCAGCCACACAAAAUAUGCCUGCAGGUGCUGCAGCAAAUCCGGGUAUCGGAUCUGUUGCGCCCUGGGAUGCCCGAUUAGCCACUGCAGCUGCCCAAGCAACGGCCUCAAGAUCACCCAAUUUGAGCGGUGGUAACGUUGUGCCUUAUAACUACCAAAAUAGAAUGGAUACAGUUGCCAGUGGGGCAGCUGCCUCACGCUCUCCAAAUGCCACAGUGGGAGAUCUUAUUGCCUGGGACUACAAUUCUAUGUCAGGGCACGAUGAUGGCGAUGAGCCUUCCACUUCAGAUAGAGCCAAUGAUCCAAGUUCCGCCGACACCGGUGCCGAUGAUUUUGGCCUGGGUGCUGCCGCAGAGGGGGCUUCGUCGGCUGGUGGUGCAGUUCCAAGUUUCUUCUUUGACACUUCGUCGUUUCGCUCGCGUACCCGCAAAGAAGUUGCGGCACUUAUUAAUGCCGAGUGUUGUCGCGGUGGACCCACUCCCGAUUUGGACUAUAUCAUGGAUAGAUUUUUCAAUCCGAGUACACCCAUAGAUAAUGCUGAUAAUAUCUCUUGGAUACGCUGGCUAAUUGCUGGAGGCCGAACCAUAAGAGAAUUUGUUAAAAUCGUUCGCAGCUAUGAUAACCAUGCAAAAUGUGGCCUUGUUUGGGUCCCUCAUGUUGUCGCCUAUCGUUGUCGCACCUGUGGCAUAUCACCCUGCAUGUCCAUAUGCCGAGACUGUUUCAAGAAGGGUGAUCACACGAACCACGACUUCAAUAUGUUUCUCUCGCAGGCAGGUGGUGCCUGCGACUGUGGUGACACAUCCGUAAUGAAAGCCGAAGGUUUCUGCAGUGAUCAUGGCAUUAACAAUCGCCAAAAUAAAGAACCCGUACCCGCCAAUCUCUUGGCCGUAGCUGAAGCCAUAAUGCCCAAAUUGCUGUUUCGGCUAUUGCAGCAUUUUCGUGAGCACAGCGAUGCAGCAUCAGCCACAUUCAAUAUGGCAGCCCACUUGUGCGAGGAGUUCACCAAUAUGUUGAUAGACUUGAACAACAUGGGUGAAAUAAUGCGUAAAGUCAUGACCAGGGCCUUAAUAAGCAAAGAAAUCUACAAGCAGUUUAACGAUCUGAACUGUCUUAGUUCAAGGCACGCACGGGUUUUGAAGAAGAAUCGCGAAAAAUACGAGGAUGCGGUCAAUCGAUUUCCUCGACCCGAACCGCCAGACGAUUAUAAACACUUGGCAGCGCUGGGCGAGAAACUCAUACACACCACUUUGCUGGAGGAAUUUAUUUUUUGGACAUUUAAGUUUGAGUUUCCCCAAAAUUUGGUAUGCUUCCUGCUCAAUAUGCUGCCCGAUCAGGACUACAAGGAACAUCUGACUCGCACAUUCGUUAUGCACUACAGCCGCAUACCCUCAGUGCUGGAAAUGUCACGUGAUCCCGACACCUUGAGCAAUCGUGUAGUGCAUAUGAGUGUGCAAUUGUUUUCCAAUGAGAGUUUAGCCUUGAAAAUGGUCAAAGAAUUAUCUCUGCUCCAUGUUAUGAUCAUUAGUUUGAAGUUGAUGAUGUCCAAAAUUCUCAUACAAAAUACUUUACAUGAUCCUUCCAAAAAUUUCCAUUUCGUUAUCGAUUGCACCCGCCAAGUCAUGAAAGAUCAUUGCUAUUGGCCUCUGGUGUCGGAUUUCAACAAUGUUCUCUCACACGAAUCGGUGGCUUUGGUGUUUCUACGUGAUGACAAUUUGAUUGAUAUGUGGUUUCAGUUUCUCUCCAUGCUGCAAGGCAUGAAUGUCAAUGUGCGCGAAACAGCCUCACAUGUGGAAUUUGAGCCUAACUCCUAUUAUGCGGCUUUCUCUUGUGAACUGGAAGCCAGUGCCUAUCCCAUGUGGUCGAUAAUAUCGCACUUGCAAGAUGGCAAACAUGCCGAUUUGGCCAAAAAGAUAAUAACAUAUUGUGUUAAUAUGUUGCAUGAAUGGUUGGAUGCCAUUUAUUUUCCGGAACCAAAAAUAUCUCAAGAGGAAAUGCUACAGGCGUCAUUUCAUUUUCCCCUACAUCGCUAUUUAGCCGCAUUCGUCUGUCAAGCUGUCACAAAAAUGGGCAUGUCCUUGUCGGAAGUUCUACCCACAAGAUCAUAUAUAUUACCAUUGCUUAUGAUGCAUCCGUUAAGAGUGCAGAGUUUCUUCUAUGAGAUUUUGGCCGGAAUUUGGGUACGCAAUGGCCUGCAAAUCAAAGGGCAAGCCAUGACCUAUAUACAAGCGAACUUUUGUAAUUCCAUGGCCGAUAUGGAUCUAUUCUUUUUGCAAAUCUGUGCCACAAAUCUGCCACAAUACUUCUUCCUUCAGAACACCAUAGAUCUCUUUGGUGUUGCCCAAUGGCUGGAAACGGCACCACUCAAGCAAUCGCAGAAAAUGGAACAAACCUCAAUGUUAGAGGGAUUUUUAACAUUCCUAGCGACAUUGGUCACAAGUCGUACGAAUCUAGGUAAUGAUGAGGCCACGCAAUGUAUUAUAGAAAUCAGUGCUCUGCUGGCCACGGAGAACAAGACGCAUUCACAGUUAUUGGAGUUAAUGCCCGAGCGUUCGGGAAAUGUGCAUACCAAGAAUUUUGAAACUUUCUUGAAACAGUUAUCUGUGUAUAAGGCGCCAUCGGCUGGUUCGGAAAACCUUGAACAAGGCCUGUUUACACCAAUCGAUGAGGUGUGGGAGGAGUACUACGAUCCAUUGCACGUUCUACUGCGAGCAGUUCACCGGCGUGAUUUCCAAUCUUCCCUGGAUCGUUUUACAAACUAUGUCAAGUCGAAGAAUCGUAUGCCCGCCAGUGGUAAUUUAUGGCCUCCAUUUCGUUUACCUCGCCCCGUUGGAGCUGCCUUCAGUGAUCCCUGUCGCAUUCUAAAUUCUCGUGUCUUCCACUCCACAAUAUUGUCGAUAUUGUAUCGUGCUGUACAUUCUCGCGAUGUAUCAGAACAUCUAUUGGCCUUAGCAAUCUUCCUAUUGGAAAUUGCCAUUGAAACAAGCGAAGAUACCAAGUCUGGUGGAGGUAGCGACAAGGCGGCCGUUGUAGAAUGUGAGGAGCAACAUAAGCCCUGUUACCCAUUCGGUAUGCGUCGAGAUCCUCCCAAAUUAUUCAGAUGCUAUCCGACCGAUAACCUGAGCUGCAAUUUGAGACACGUCGUGACGAAAAUAUCUCUUAAGUCUCAGGAGCCACAAGUCACACCGGCCCACUAUCGCUCAAAUCCAUUCUACACAGAUGUCGAUUACGAGCUGGAUGAUAAUCAAAGCAUGGAUAUAAGCCCUGCCUGGGGAUAUGAACGCAAUUUGAGUGUAGUGCAUAGUAAUUCCGCUCCAAAUUCCACUACCACAUCUACCGCUUUAGUGCCUAUGCGUCUUCAGAACAUGGAAGUUGCACUGCCAGCAGAUCUUUCUGUAGUACCCGAAACGGGAUUGGUAAUACGACAAGACAGUCAGGAGGACGAUUCUUUACGAGAAAUUGGGAAUGCCAUUGAAAAUACCGAUGGCUCAACUUCGCCAGCCAUGGAGUAUCGUUUCUCCUUGCAACCCAUAACAAUGUCCGCAGAAAACACUGGCAUGGAAGUGGUUCUGCGUGAUGGCCAAGCACCGGGUCCCUCAAACACGAUAGCAGGUGUCAAUCAACAAGUGGCCACACAAAAUCAAAGACAAAACCAACCGGACAUGUUCCCGCCAACAACUCCCAACACAAUUGGCAGCUUGAUUCCAUUUCCACGUGUACAACCUGUGGCUGUGCCAAGCACGAAUAUGGAUAUAAUACCCUCGAAUCCAGGUGCCUUGGGUGUGGGACGUACACGACUUGCCUACGAAGUGAGCAACAGAAAACGUUCGGUAGAAAAUGCGAUCGAUGGUCAUAGCAAAGACGAUGUUGUAAUUGAUGAAAGUAUACUCUCGCUACUACUGAAACUACAUUCGCAAUUAAGUGGCACCCUUGACAGCUUCUCUGUCGCUGACGAUGGUGAUCAGGAAGAUGAGUCCCUAUCGUCAUCUACCGCCAUGGAUGUGGACUCUGAGAGUUCUGCGGAGCCCUCAACUUCUUCGGCAGCUGCUGCUGCAGCCUCUAGUCAAACGAAAAAACGCAACAUCAAAGUAUCCGAUUCACGUGUUGGUGAUGGACCUUUCUUUAUUGGGAAUCUUCUGCGGAAGAUAGCCAAACAUGAUGAGCUAUGUGCUCAAAACAUAGACGAAAUACGCCGUAGGCUAUGGCCCAACCAAAGGGAGAAACAAGCCGAAGCGAAGGCCCGUGAAGCUAAAGAGAAGGAAGAGCGACGCAAACGAGCCCGUGAAAGACAAAUGAAGAUGAUGCAAGAAUUUGCCAACAAACAAAAGGAGUUUAUGCAAACAGCUGCAGCCACCAAUAUGGAUGCAGGCAUGGAGGAAGAGGAGGAGUUAUACGAAGAGCAACCCCGCGAAAAAGAAUAUGAUUGCAUUAUUUGCAAUUGCACUACACCCAGUACCGAAGCCAAUCCAAUUGGUCUUGUUGUCUUGGUGGAAUCCAGCGGCAUUGUAGGUCAUCGGCGCCGCAUCACAGAAAGGUUACCGCUACCCCUAAGUCCGGAAGAUGAAGAGCGACUGAAACACAGCACACGGCUAGCCACUGAAUUCAAUCGCCGCACUGAACUUCUAAGUUUGAAGUUUGGCGAAGAAUCAUGGUAUCUCUCAAAUAAUAUGGCCUAUGAAAAUGGGGUUCACGUGCAGUCGUGUGGUCACCAUGUGCACCUUAGUUGUUUGGAUGCUUAUUUGAAAACAUUGUACGCCAGCCAAAGACAACAUCAACACGAGAGGGGAGAAUUCUACUGUCCCGUGUGUAGGCAGCUGUCCAAUUCAGUACUACCGUUGAGCCCACAGCUGGAUCGUCCAACGCCAGUAGUGCGUUCGGGAACACAACCAUUUGAGCAAUUGGUAUCUGAGUUGACCAAUCUAAUAAAGGAAAAUGAAAGACCACCGAUCUCAACAAAAUUAUCUGAAGCUAUGGGUCGUGCAAUGGAAGAUAUGACAAACAUAACACAUCGGAAGAUGAAAAGAAUACCACCAACGUUCCGAAGCCUAUUCAUAUUUGUUACCUCAAUUGCUCGCACCAAUCUCGAAUCAGAGAUUAUACAAAGAGGUGGCACAUUGUGCUCCACAAAUCCCACACGAUACAAAGCGAAACGUGACUGCAUUGUACCCCUGUUGCAUGUACUCUCUGUACAUGUACGGGUGCUGGUCGAAUGGCCGUUGUGGAGUUCUUGGGCCUCUUUGGCCGGUAUGCCAGUUACAGAUAUUGCACCAGUACCCUCACACUGCCGUGAAGUGAUACCAGCCAUUUUGGCCGAUCCCAUAGCGUUGCUACUGAAGUUUAUACUUCUGGCUCCUCUACAUCUAGAUCAAGAAUACUUCUCUUGCAUGGUCAAGGUUAUGUACAACCUAUUGUACUACCAAAUUGUGGUCCAACUUUGUGUUACUUUAACCGAUCUCGAGUGUGAUUAUAUUUUAGCCAACUUUAAUGCACCGCCUUCCGCUGAAUCGCAACCUUCUUCCAGCCGUCGAAAUUCGAUGCGUUCGUCUCCCAAUGCCUACUUGGCCAGAGCCAUGGCUUUAGUUUUAAAGAAUACCAAUCGUUUGUCACACCUAAGGCGUGAUAGUAUACCAUCCACCUCAGCAGCUGCUUCGGCCAUGAAUUCGGCCACAGCAAAUGCCGCCUCCCCCAGCGUCAGCAGCAGCAACAGCAACAGCAACAUCGAUGUUGAUUCUCCAACCACUUCGCCACUGGCGGGCGUGGAAGUCAACUUCAAAUCUAUGGAAAUGCAACUGCAAACAUUGUGUUUGCCCUUUCUGCGUAUUGCCGCCUUGCUACGUCAGCAUUUGUAUAGGCACGAAAUGCCGGAAAUUUCAGCGCCAGGCCUGGAGUUUGUGCGUUUAGUUUACUAUCUGGAACUUGUAACGGAUUCAAUGGAUUGGGAUUGUUUCAAUGCCUCAAAAGGGCUAUGUUUUAUACCGGGCGGCUCAGAGGACACUCUGCCAAAGUUUUGGUGUGAGCAGUUAAUGAAUAUCCGACCACCAACGGACACGGUACGAGAAUUAGUGAUUCUUAAUCAACACGCUUCGUGGCAACAACCAAAGUUGCUGCAACUGCCUAGGGAAUAUGAGCGAUUAUUUACGUAUUAUCAUGAAAGGCCUUGUUUAAAUUGCUAUAAGGUACCUAAGGAAAGUUCAAUAUGUUUAUUGUGUGGCACAAUUGUGUGUCUGAAGCAAAAUUGCUGUGCCGAGAAUGAAUGCUGCGAAGCUGUGAGGCAUACUAUUACUUGUGGUGGUGGCAUUGGUAUAUUCCUGGUUGUAACUUCAACGUAUAUAAUUGUGAUAAGAGGACGACGGGCAUGUCUCUGGGGUUCACUCUAUUUGGAUGACUUUGAUGAGGAAGAUAGGGAUUUAAAACGAGGGAAACCCUUAUAUUUGAGCCAGGAUCGUUUCAAUUUACUGGAAUCCCAAUGGUUAUCACACAAAUUUGCCCAUACGAAGCACACGUGGGUAUUCCACAGAGAUCUGUUGUGAAAUAUACAAGAUCUAUUACGUAAUAUCCAAGACAUGAUAGUAGACAUUUGAGUUAAGUUCAUUUCAAUAUACGACUAUAUUCGACCUAUAUGAAACUAUA